GUGGUCUGAUGUUUAAAGUGCUCCUGGGAAAAAAAGGGACAUGAGAAUAUACAGCUGAUAGUAUAACACUUUUUUUUACAGAUAAAAUUAGACAAAUAAUUCAAGGAAAAUUAUAAGCAUAAAAUAGUGUGUGUAUGUUAAAUAUAUGUUCUGGCCCCCAGGACAAUUUUGUUAACUCAAUGCGGCCCGCGACUCAAUAUUUGCCCACCCCUGCUCCAAGGGGAGGCCAAUGCGGGCAACUCAAACCUCCAUUGGAAUGUUGCCCAUAUCUUUUAAUAUAAUAAUUUCUAAUAAUUUUUAAUAAUAAUAAUUUCUGUCAGUGUCACGAUUUACUGUAAAAAGAAAGGACAAUCAGUUAACAUAAUGAUCCUGACAAUACAAAGUUUUUGCAAAGGUAAAAUUAAAUAAUGGCAAUUACGUUUAAUCAAGUUAAUGAGCAAUACUGUACACACAGUUUACAAGGUAAACUUAAAUUAGCAGUAUAGUACAGCAGGUCCAUAUCAAGUCGCUGGUGCUUCGCAUGCCUGUCCACUAGGGGGGCGUGUUGGGUAUAAAGCGUGCUUGCAGUGAGCGAAGAACAAGAGAGUGAGUCAUCUUUGGACUGCAGGUUGUCUCGUAUUGACCUGCUAGCUUGCACAGAACACAGAAGCCGUCAAUGUUCUAUCAAGUCGACAACAGGACUGGAGAGCCAUCAGUCCCGGCAGAGUAGCUUCAACCAGGCUGGGCGUUCGAUCGCAACCCACAGCAGACUCUACCCUUGUGCCGGACUUCUUCCCCUUUUAUUCCUUCACAAGAACUGAGUGCAAGCGAGGAGAGCCAGUCCACGCCAGCAGUCAUGCCUGCGUAUGAAGACACGACAAUGAAGUAUGAAGUGCCUGACCUUCCCAGCGGACCGCUGGACCUCUACAGAAAAAAAGCUUCUUUUGCCUGGAAGGACAUGCUUCUCUUCCUGGAAGGAGAAGAGAUUGUGGCAUUCAAGCGACAUAUCUUCACGACUUUGGAGAAUGACCCUCUAUUCUCCAGAAUACCAGGUGAAGACAUCCCUGUCGAGAGAAUGCGAGAACUCACCUUCCUCAGGGUGAAGCAACUCUUCCGCUACGACUUCCUGACCAAAGAAGAGGUUAUGGCUAACCCGUGGAAGACGACGAUCGUUAAUGACUGCUUGGGAAUGUUUGACUGGUCCUUAGGGGCCAAGUUCUUCCUCAACAAAGGCAUGUUUGGAGCUACGGUUGCCAACACAGGCUCAGCGAGACACAGCAAAUUUGUGGACAGCACUGAAGAUAUGACUACAUUUGGAUGCUUUGCACUGACCGAGUUGAGCCAUGGCAGCAACACACGAGCCGUGAGGACUACCGCCACCUAUGACGUUUCCAGCCAGGAGUUUGUCAUCAAUUCUCCAGAUUUUGAAGCUGCAAAAUUUUGGGUGGGAAACCUGGGUAAGACCGCCACACACGCACUGGUCUUAGCUCAGCUGUACACGCCAGACGGCGUGUGCCACGGCCUGCACACAUUCAUCGUCCCGGUGAGAGAUCCAAAAACCCUGCUGGCUCUCCCUGGGGUCCUGGUUGGCGAUAUGGGCAAGAAAAUCGGCCAGAAUGGACUGGAUAACGGGUUUGCUUUGUUCCACAACGUGAGGAUCCCACGGGAGAAUAUCCUGAAUAAGACAGGAGAUGUGACCCCCACUGGCAGUUAUGUGACCCCUUACAAGGACGCCAACAAGCGUUUUGGGGCAUCUUUGGGUGCCCUGUCGGGUGGCAGGAUAGCCAUCACUAGGAUGGCACUCGUCAACCUGAAACUGGCUGUGACCGUGGCCAUACGGUUCUCAGCCACCAGGAGGCAGUUUGGACCCAAAGAUACGGAGGAGAUUCCGGUGCUGGAAUACCAGUUACAGCAAUGGCGUCUCAUUCCAUACCUGGCGGCAGCGUAUGCUCUUGAACAUUUCACCAAGUCCAUCUUCAUGAACUUUGUAGAGUUUCAGAUGGGACAGCUGAUGAAAGACAACAGUGACAGACAGGCAGAGAUGGGCCGGGAGAUCCAUGCCCUGGGCUGCUCCAGCAAGCCCCUGGGCUCAUGGAUAGCUCAGAGGGGCAUCCAGGAGUGCCGUGAGGCCUGCGGCGGUCACGGUUACCUGGCCAUGAACCGCCUUGGGAGUCUCCGUGACGACAACGACCCCAACUGCACCUAUGAGGGAGAUAACAACGUCCUGCUGCAGCAAACCAGCAACUACCUGCUUGCUUGGCUCCAUGCGAAGCAACUCAAUGGAGUUCGCAUUGAGUCUCCUCUUCACACUGUGGACUUCCUGGAUGAUUUCCACAAAAUUCUCAACAGCAAGUUCACAGCACAGACACUUGAAGACUGCAUGGACCCUGCAGUGCCGUUGACUGCCUACAAGUGGCUGGUAUGUUUCCUGCUGGGGGAGAGUGACAAGAGGCUCCAACAGCAGAGGUCUUUAGGCAAGGAGGAGUUUGAGGCCCGCAACGACAGCCAGGUAUACUACUGCCGCUCCCUGUCCCUGGCCUUCAUUGAAUACUGCUGCCUUCAACGCUUCCAUGAGCUGAUUAUUGAUGAGGAGACACCAAGUGGCCUUGUGGGAGUCCUUACUAAGCUGUGUGCUCUUUAUGGACUGUGGAGCCUCAGCAGCCACAUGGUGACACUCUACCAGGGCAAUUUCCUACAUGGAAGGAAGCCAGCGGAGUUGAUCCAGACGGCCAUUCUGACUCUGUGCACACAGCUGAAAGAUGAUGCGGUGUCACUGGUGGAUGUGAUGGCCCCCCCUGACUUCAUCCUUCACGCCCCCAUUGGUAACGCUGAUGGACAGCUCUACAAGAACCUGUGGUCCACUGUGAUGCAAGGGCACCAGGUGCUCGAGCGCCCGUCCUGGUGGAAAGCGUUCUGUACCGACAAGCCUGUGGUUGGUUCCCUGCGAGCCAAACUGUAGCUGCCAGGCGAGCACAGACAUCUUUCAGUGCCUUAAAUUGCACAUUUUAGCCUUCUCACAUAAAAAACAAAUAGCAUUGAUUGCUGAGUUUAUGGAAGCUUAAAACAUGAAUUAUGCUUUGAUAUUUCAUUCUUAUAUAUUGUAUAUUUGACCAAAUGAAUAUGAACAAGCUUCUAGUUUAGUGAUACCAUGUCCAGAUUAAUAGUUAACUAAUAAAACAUUUUGCACAACAUUCUGUUCUUUGGUCAGUCAUUGUUCCAAAUGCUCUAAGACACAAUUAAUGUUUAGAGAUAAUCAAUUAUAAGGUAAAAAGUCGAAGCACUUGAGUGGAUGUGUACCAGUCACAUGUUUACAUUUGGAGGAAAAUCCAGUUGCUCUCUUUACAGCCCUCAUGAGUCCAGAACCUUUCCGACCCACUUUUGCCAUCCCUUGGGGUCACAGCGAGUUCACCAAGUCUGCAAAGGAAGCGCUUUGUAUAUGCGAACGUUCCCUCAGCGCUGCCUUUUUUUCAAAACCAAAAAUCGUAUAGGCCUACCAAAAGUUUAUGCCGAGUGGAAUAAACAUCUAAAUAAAUCUCCCUGAAUGAUAACUUCUUCGCUAUAAACUGAUCCUCCUCAGUCAUCUAUUACUGGUUAAUAUAAACAAAUCUUAGUUUGGCCUUUUUACCGGAGAUAAAGAUGUGAUGAAGGAGGCUUUGGAAGGGUCAAAUAGUCAACGAAGAAGUUAUUACAGUAAUGCAAGACACUCUUAAUCCCAGCUGAACACACAAUGUCCUACAUAACAGUCCAAGACAAUGAGUCACAUCAGCUUCCCAAAAAUGUUGCAACAGUUCUUGCUCAAUGAGCCCCAUCACUUGACUAUGACCCUUGAACUUAACUUGUUCUAAUGUAGCAAAUAAUGAUAAUUAUUGUGACAGUAAUUUGUCUUAUUUAGUGCCUUUACAGCACUCACAUCAUUGGUGGAUCAGCCAGGACACAAAGGGUGUGUUCUAGUGUUAGAUAUUGAUCAAUGAUCAAUUGCAUUUACACAAACGUCCAUUUGUAUUGAGUAUUUCAUACAAAUAGGAGGGGACCAUUUUGCUCAGUACUGCUCCUUUUAAUUCACUCUGCAAAGUUGCAUAGAACAGACAUGCAAACAAGCCAAAAGCAACACGAUGGAAGGCUGUUAUCAUGGUUUUGUAGGCAAGCACACAUUUACAGUCCAUUUAUAGGCAGCUCAAAUAGUGACUGUUUGAAGCGCUCAGUAAGCAUGUCUGUUUUUCACAGAGUCAGCUUCUUGUGUGUUUGCACACCCAAAGCCUCUAAUGAAAGGAUACAACAGAAAUAGUUUGUGAAAUCAUGUAAGAUGAUAAUCAUGUCCCUUUUUUUUCUUUUUUUUUUCUUCCCACUGCUCCUGAAAGCGUCCCCGGUGCAGCCAAAUGGGAUAUCAUCUCGGGUUUCCGGAUCUCCACCCAGAAGACCUUGGUACACACUGAAGAACUAAAGCCCUCACAGCAGGAAAAGAGGCUUUAUGUUUAGAAAGUGAAGAAUUCCAUGUGAUGGCUUUCCCAUCAGGAGGUUCCUGGAAGGGUCUGAGCACCUUGCCUCCAACCUUCGUGAGGAGUGCCGUCUCUUCCUGCAGUGCCCCCUGCAGGUCGGCUGUGGUCCUUAGCGGUCGACCGUUCAGCUUGACGAUGAUGUCGCCGUCUCUGAUGCCGCCUCUGUAAAAGACCAGAUUGCUGUCAGUGGAGCUUUUAUUUUGGAAAAAACAUGAGGAGCAAUGGGAACUUACUUCUGCGCCGGUGAGUGGGGGACAACCUUGUGGACGUAGAUCCCAGCAGUCACAUCGGGGAAGUCUGGAUUCUGCUGUUUUAGUUCUUCGAUCAGCCUGCAGAAAAUGUAACAACGUCGAAGUGGAAAAUUGCUCUUCGGGUUAAACGUGAAUCAGGUGGGACUUACGCUGGUGUGAUGGUCAGCAUCCUGAUUCCAAUAAAACGCUUCUUUAUUGACCGGAUAUCUAAUGGAGACGACGUUAGUUGCAUUCACAACACAUGGAUAAUAAUUUCACCGACACACCCACCUUUGCUGUGCUUGUCCAGGGAGUCGUUCAGGAAGAGCGUGAUCCUGUCUGAAGGGAUGGCGAAGGAGAUCCCCGCAGCGACUUUCAGGGUAUUGAUGCCGAUCACCUCACCAUCCUCAAGUUAAGAAGUAUUAACAGGUGCUGUUGACCCGACACCGGCGUGGUGCUGGAGACCACAUGAGCAUUGGUGACGAUCAGUCCCUGUUCUGACAUCACAAAGCCCGAUCCGCUUGACAGAGGGACGGUCCGACCAAAGAGAGGAUGCCUCGGGUGGGAGCACAAAUGCUCCUCUUUGGACCUGGCUGAUUCCAGGGAGACCCUGCUGCAGCGCCCUCCUGCUGGUGGCCUUCAGCUGGCACACGUUCCCGUACGUCUUGCCGUCGCUGCCGCACACCUCCUGACUCUCUUUGCAUUGGCAGAAGCCCUUGAGCAGGAGCUUGCCGGCCGGGUGUUUGCACUCCAGCCCGUCCCCGCAAAGCAGGUCAUCCUUGCGACCGCACGGCUCGCCCUCCCCCAAGGCACACACCAGGCAGCAGUUGCAGCGGUCGGGUACGUAGCCGCUGGGGCAGCUGGGGCUUGGGCAGGUACUCACGUCACACCUCGUGGGACACUUUGACCUUGGCUCUGCGCCCUCGGAGCCUUUCAGGUAAAGCAGCAAGGCUACGCACAGGACAAUCUGCAUUUUCUUCACGGAAGACCUAAGGCUCAAAUUAAAGAAACACUAACAUCUGUUUCCACUAUCCACGGCACAGGAAUGAUCUUGGUCGACUUGCUGUUGCCUUUGCCUGUGAAGACGGUGGGAACAUUCUCUCCGAUGGCUCAGGAGCUCUACUGCAGAGAGGAGGAGGAGGAGGUCUGUGGAAAAGGCGGAGCGACUUGUAUGUGUAUAACAUUCCAUUUUACAGUUUGGUUGUGUUUCACGUGUACAUCAUACUCCUGCAACACUCAUUAGAAAGAGGAUGCGUCUAUAAACGAUGAAGGAAAGAUUCUUCCUAG